AUUUCUACUGUGCAUCGGAUGAAAAUUGCACAGUAGUUUGCAAUCUUCUGCAUCAAUAAAUAAUUGAUGGGAAAUGUCCACACAUGAUAUGAACCAUCAUCCUCCGCGGAAAUCGCAUUCAAAGCGAGAUAAGCCCAGUUCAAGCAACAGCGGCCCAAAAAUUGAAAAUCAUAAGUGCAAAUGGGCUUGGCAGAAGGUUUUCGAAACAGGAAAGUCGUUUUUGCGGCGUGAUGGUUUUCCACAGGAUUGCAAAUCGAAAGAGGAUUUUGAGCGAAUAAAACGCACUGGCGUGAGAAAAACAAGUGAGAAUAUGCUUGAAGAUCCUAGAAAGAAUUUUGAAAGUCUUCAACAAUCAUCGGUAUAUCAAACCAACUCCUUCCGGAAUCCACGAUACUUAUGUCGAGCCCAUCUUCGCGUAGAUUCGUAUUAUUGUACAAUUCCACCAAAACGAGAAGUUUCUUUGUUUAAUAUGGACGACAAUUGUACAGAAGUUUUGCUCCGGGAUUUUGCAAAGGAUUGUGGAAAGGUUGAGAAAGCUUACGUGUGUAUUCAUCCCGAAACAAAGCGGCAUAUGAAAAUGGCAUAUGUUAAGUUUGCGACCGUCAAGGAGGCUCACAAUUUUUACAGCAUGUAUCAUGCUCAAAAUUUACUUGCCACAAAAUGUACACCUCGUAUUGAUCCUUUCCUGUCAAUUCUCAAUGAAGAAUACGAAGUUGCAACUAAUGGACAAGUCCUCCCAAUUCUUCCUGACGAUCUUGCCUCAAUCGAUCCGAGUGUUCUUCGAGAUCUUCGAGCCAAUUUCCUGCGAGAUCAGAAUGAGAAAUAUGAGCUAGCUAUGAGAAAUACGUAUGAAGAUGAAGGAGGAAUGUUAUCUGGUGUUAUAAUGGAUACUUCUGAUCAUUAUGAGCGUGAUUAUACAAUGGAUCAUGAUGUUGGACCUUCUUCAAUGAAAAUGUCUCCUAUACCACCACCUCCGAUCAAAGAAGAAUCACCUCCACCACCGCCACCUCCUCCAGUGGCUUCCGUUUCGAAUCUUGCUCCAGUUCCAUCAGUACAGCUUCCGUAUUACAACAACAUUCAGCCAAGUUCAAGUACUAUGCACAUGCCAGAGUUUCGACCAACUGAACCUCCACCAUCGUAUUCCCGUGAGGAUCCUUACCGAAGCACAAGUCGAAGCUCGCUUUCUCGCCACAGAAAUAGAUCGAGAAGUCCAUCCGAUGGUAUGGAUCGUUCUGGACGUAGUUCCAGCCGACGGACUCAUCGAAGGCCUGAAUCAAGAAAUGGAUCGAAAAAUGCAAAUGGGGACGUUGUGAAGUACGAAACUUAUAAGAUGGAAAAACGGAAAAUUAAGUACGAGGGAGGAAAUAAGAAAUAUGAGCAAGUUCAUAUAAAGGAACGGACUGCUGUGAUACGAGGAAAAAAUCAGUUGGAGAAUGUUUCUUCCGAAUCUGCAUCGGGAAGCUCUUCUGUCGAUACUUAUCCAGAUUUUUCAGAUGAAGAAAGAAAGAAGAAGAAACGUCCAAAAUCUCCUAAUCGAUCGAAAAAAGAUUCCCGAGCUUUUGGAUGGGAUUCAACGGACGAAUCUGACGAGGAUACUCGAAGACGACGAUCCGGAAGAUCUCAGAAUCGAAGCUCGGAACGAAAAUUUCAAACUACUUCCUCCUCCUCAACACGGCGUGAACUUUCAAGCACUCACACAAAUAGUGUCCCAAAUUUGAAAUCUCAUGAAACUCCGCCGCCACCACCACCAAAAGGUCAUCCAUCAGUGCAUCUUCAAACACCAUAUCAACACGUACAACCGCAAAUGAUCCCUGCUACUUAUUAUAAUUUGCCCCCACAGCAUAUGGCUCCACCACCGAUAACCACGAGUUUACCACCGUUUUGCGAUUUUUCUCAACCACCACCAGGAUUUACCCCCACUUUCAAGCCCAUCACAAAUGCUCCUUUGCCAACUCCCUAUCAAGCAUCCAACAUUCCACAGCCGGGAUUGGUUCAAAUAGCAGCACUAUCAGCAGCUCCAGAACCUUUCAGUUCAAUACCAGGACCACCACCAGGGCCUGCGCCUAUUCAAGAAGAUGUUGGUAGAGCAGAGUCUCCUGAGAAACCGUCUCUUUCUGAGAGAUUUUCUGGGAUUUUUGGACCAACCCAACGCGAAGAACCUGCACAAGUCGAAGUUGAAUAUGACUAUCCCCUCAAACACUCGGAAUCUCAUGAUGAUCGUCAUUCGUUAGAAGAUAUGGAUGUCGAGGUUUCCAGUGAUGGAGAAACUGUAUCCAAUGUUGAGAAAAUCGAGUGUAUGGAGGAAAAGAAACGACAGGAUCUCGAACGUAUUGCAAUUGCUCGAACACCGAUUGUGAAAAAGUGCAAGAAGAGAAUGAUGGAUGAGCUCAGCAGAAAAGUGGCUGAAGAUAUUCGCCAGCAAAUUAUGCGACAGUGCUUUGCUGCAUUGGACGAAAAACUUCAUUUGAAAGCUAUUGCUGACGAAGAAAAACGGAAAAAGGAACGAGAGGAGAAAGCAAGGCAAGAAGCUGAAAAACCGAGCAAUCAUUUGAUUGCUGAUAUGAUGACUCUCUACAACAAUCAAUCGUUUGCCAGCUCGUCACGUGGAUUCUACAGAAAACAAAAGCCGAUUCCAAAAAGCCAUCCCAAACACCAAGAGCACCAUCAUCAUGCGAAGGCAUCAGUUUCGACCCCAGUCCAUUCGUCAAGCACGUCAAGGAAUUCAUCCGUAGCUCCAACACCUCAACGUACAGUUUCCACGUCGUCAUCGUCUUCAUCGGCCGCAACAUCAGCUCGAGUAUCAGAAGAUGAAUCGGAUUCCGACAGCACGCCGGGUGAAGUUCAAAGACGCAAAACAUCAGUUUUGAGCAAUGACAAGCGACGAAGACGUGCUUCGUUUAGUUCAACAAGUAUUCAAAGUAGUCCAGAAAGGCAAAGAGAUGUCUCAUCGAGCUCUCGAACUUCUUCAUCUUCGUCUACAAGCUCAAUGAAGCAGGAAGAAACUGCUGAUGAAAAGUCACGAAAACGCAAGUUGAUUAUGUCAAGCGAUGAGUCGUCUACAACAGGAUCAACUGCAACAUCAGUUGUGUCAAGUAGGCAAAGUAGUUUGGAGCCUCAACAAGAGAAGACGGACGGAGAACCACCGAAAAAGAAAUCACAGACAGAUUUUAUUUCUGAACGAGUUUCGAAGAUUGAAGGUGAAGAGAGACCACUACCAGAGCCAGUGGAAACUUCUGGUCCAAUAAUCGGUGAUUCUUCGUAUCUACCAUAUAAAAUAGUACAUUGGGAGAAAGCAGGUAUAAUUGAAAUGAAUCUUCCGGCAAACUCCAUACGAGCCCACGAGUAUCAUCCUUUCACAACGGAACACUGCUAUUUCGGAAUAGACGAUCCAAGGCAACCGAAAAUUCAAAUAUUUGAUCAUUCACCGUGCAAAUCGGAGCCAGGAAGUGAACCUCUAAAAAUAACACCAGCUCCAUGGGGACCUAUAGACAAUGUUGCGGAAACCGGACCCUUGAUUUACAUGGAUGUUGUUACUGCACCCAAAACAGUCCAGAAGAAGCAGAAACCGAGAAAACAAGUUUUUGAAAAGGAUCCCUACGAGUAUUAUGAACCACCACCAACCAAGCGCCCAGCUCCUCCGCCACGCUUUAAGAAAACAUUCAAACCACGAUCUGAAGAGGAAAAGAAGAAAAUCAUCGGAGACUGCGAAGAUCUGCCCGAUUUGGAAGAUCAAUGGUAUUUGAGGGCAGCACUUAAUGAAAUGCAAAGUGAAGUUAAAAGUGCUGAUGAAUUGCCCUGGAAGAAAAUGUUAACCUUCAAAGAAAUGUUGAGAUCAGAAGAUCCUCUGUUAAGACUCAACCCGAUUCGUUCGAAAAAAGGACUGCCAGAUGCUUUCUACGAGGAUGAAGAACUCGAUGGAGUAAUUCCGGUAGCUGCUGGAUGCUCUCGUGCUCGACCAUACGAGAAGAUGACAAUGAAGCAGAAAAGGAGUCUUGUGAGACGUCCUGAUAAUGAAUCGCAUCCGACUGCAAUCUUCAGUGAAAGAGAUGAAACCGCGAUUCGGCAUCAGCAUCUGGCCAGUAAAGAUAUGAGAUUGCUCCAACGUCGAUUGCUUACGUCACUUGGUGAUGCUAACAAUGAUUUCUUCAAGAUAAAUCAGCUCAAAUUCCGCAAAAAGAUGAUCAAGUUUGCACGUUCUCGUAUUCACGGAUGGGGUCUCUACGCGAUGGAGUCGAUUGCACCAGAUGAGAUGAUUGUGGAGUAUAUAGGACAGACGAUCCGAUCUCUGGUGGCCGAAGAACGAGAAAAGGCUUAUGAACGUCGUGGAAUCGGAAGUUCAUAUCUGUUCCGAAUUGAUCUGCAUCAUGUGAUCGAUGCAACAAAGCGUGGAAAUUUUGCUCGAUUUAUUAAUCACUCGUGCCAACCUAAUUGCUACGCGAAGGUUCUUACAAUCGAAGGCGAGAAGCGGAUAGUCAUCUACAGCCGAACAAUUAUCAAGAAGGGUGAAGAAAUCACGUAUGACUACAAGUUCCCAAUUGAAGACGACAAAAUAGAUUGUCUGUGUGGUGCGAAGACGUGUCGUGGAUAUCUUAAUUGAUAUGAUUCGUCUAGUUUUUAAAAUUUAUAUUCCAUUCGAUCUCUUCUAGUUUUUUAAUAUUUUUUAUUUAUUUAAAUUUUCCUAUCCAAUUCCCAAUUCGCUGGUUCGAAGUUGGAAAUUGCUAUCUGAUAAGAAUAGGCCGGUUCCUACUUUUUUUUUAAAUAUUGAAAACUGUAUCAUUGUUAUUCAUUCUCCUUAUGGUGAGCUGAGAAAUCCUUGUAUUAUUAGUGGAAUUCGUUAUUGUUGAACAAUUGUUUGAGUGUAUGUUAUACGAUACAAGCUCCCCUUUUCAACUAGAUACUUCUACAUUUUAUCAAAUCUCUUGUUUCUCUAUAGGUUUACGAAUUGUUUUCUUGGAGGAUUUCCUCUACAGUCUCUUGUUUAUCUCUCUAUACUUGAACAUCUCUGAAAUCAUUCAUUUUCCCUUGAACUCUGAACAAUUGGUCUUUCCAAAACAACCUCCCAUUCAAGUCUUUAUUCAUUCGUGUUUAAAGUUAAUUUCAGCUAGUCUGAAUAGUUUUAUGUUUUAAAAAGUGUUUUAUUAUGUUCUUUAAAUGAAAUAAUUUUAAAA